AUGGACCAGGACCAGUUCCGCUCCGCCGCGCAUUCGGUAGUGGAUGAGAUUAUCCGGUACUUCGACAGCCUGCCGUCGCAGCAGGUCCUGCCGGACAUCGAGCCCGGCUAUCUCAAGGGCCGGCUGCCCGCAUCCGCACCGCAGGAAGCAGAGCCAUGGAGCCAGAUACAGGCGGACAUUGAGACGCUGAUCAAGCCGGGCGUUACUCACUGGCAGUCGCCCAACUUCAUGGCCUUCUUCCCGGCGAUUGUGACAUACCCGAGCAUCCUGGGGGAGAUGUACUCGGCCGCAUUCAACGCCCCGGCCUUCAACUGGCUGUGCUCGCCCGUCGUCACCGAGCUCGAGAUCGCCGUCAUGGACUGGGUGGCAAAGGCCCUGGGCCUGCCAGACUGCUUUCUCAGCACCUCCGCGACCCGGGGCGGCGGCGUGAUCCAGGGCAGCGCGAGUGAAGCCGUCAUCACCGUCAUGGUGGCUGCCCGGGAACGCUAUGCGAGCACCAUGGCCAGGGCCGAGGGGCUGGACGAAGGCUCCGAGCAGUGGGAGGACCGGCUGAUAGAGAUCAAGUCGAAGCUGGUCUCGCUGGGCAGCGACCAGGCCCAUAGCUGCACGGCCAAGGGAGCCCGGAUCGUGAGCACCAGACACAGGACUGUGCCGACCCGGCUGAAGGACGACUUUGCCAUGACCGGGGAUGCGUUGCGGGAGGUGCUGGAGAAGUGUGAGAGGGACGGGUUGAUGCCCUACUACCUAACAACCACACUGGGCACCACCAGCACCUGCGCCACGGACAGGUUCGCCGAGAUCAAGGCCGUCCUGAACGAGCGGGAGUCGUGGAAGAGGAUCUGGGUUCAUGUCGAUGCUGCCUACGCCGGCGCAGCGCUCAUCUGCGAUGAGUACCAGUAUAUCACCAAGGACUGGAGCGAGGGGGUCGACAGCUUCAACUUCAACAUGCAUAAGUGGUUGCUCGUCAACUUCGAUGCUAGCUGUUUGUUCAUACGCAACCGGGUUGACCUGACCUCAGCCCUGGAUAUCACUCCUCACUAUCUCCGGAACCCUCAUUCUGAUGCCGGCGCAGUGACAGACUACAGAAACUGGCAGCUCCCGCUGGGACGACGGUUCCGCUCUCUCAAAAUCUGGUUCGUCCUGCGCUCAUACGGCAUCAAGGCCAUGCAAGCCCAUAUCCGCAAAGGCGUAGAUCUGGGCAAGACAUUCGCCGGCUUCGUCCGGAACCAGCCUGAUUUGUUCGAGCUGGUCACUCCCCCAGCCUUUGGGCUGACCGUCUUCCGUGUCACUGAAGCUGCGGCUCAGCGGGUUGCUGGAGGUGACAGCAAUUCCGUCACCCGCGAGGUGUACGAGCGUGUCAAUGCCGGCAAGGAGGUCUUCCUUACUUCCUCCGUUGUGGGAGGAGUGUAUGUCAUUCGAGUGGUGAGCGUCAACGAGUUGGCAGGAGAGAAGUAUGUGAGAAACGCAUUUGAUAUACUCGUUCGAGUGACCAAGGAAGUUCUAGAUAACCAGUCGAGCAUCGGAGAGGUGAAGAACUGA